AUGGAUGUAAAAGAAUUUAUAAGGAAGUGUGAUAUCUGUAUUAGGAAUAAGAAGUAUGUACUCAAAGCUAUUAUAUUUAGAACUGAAAAUUUGAUGUAUCCUUUCUAUAGAGUUGGAAUUGAUACAGUUGGACCUAUUGUUGGAUCUUCUAAUGGCUUUAAAUAUAUUUUAGUUUGUACUGAUUAUUACUCAAGAUAUACUAUAACUAGACCUGUCAAAAAUAAAUCUGCUAAGACUGUAGCGAACUUUUUAAUUGAUGAUGUAAUAACUAAACAUGGUCCACCUAGAGUUAUUCAGUCUGAUAGAGGACUUGAAUUUCUUAAUGAAGUGGUAUCAGAAGUAUGUUGUAUACUUAGUAUACGCAGAUCUGUUACUGCUGGUUACAAUCCUAAAUGUAAUGGGUUGGUAGAAAGAUCUAAUGGUUUAAUUUGUAUAAGGAUUACCAAGAUGAUUAGGAAUAACCUUAUGAAUUGGGAACAAUAUGUACCUUUGGCUACAUAUGCCUAUAAUAUAAGCCCUAUGAAGAGGCUUAAGUUUUCUCCGUUUGAAAUUUUAUUCAAUAGAACACCUGUAUUGAUUAAUUCAGAUACGAUGAGUAAUCUGGUUAAGAUUAAAUCUGAAGGUUUCAUUGAUUAUAAAAUGAGGAGAGAUGAGCAUAAGAAUGAAAUGGAUGCAGUUGUUUCUGAUGCUAGAAACAAAGAGUUGAAUCGUGAAGACCAGAUUAAGGCUUCCAACGAUGAGUUUGGAGUAAAUGAUUUAGUCUUGGUAAAGAUUCCGAAGGUGCAUCAACGCAAGUUAAUGGAAACUUGGGAUGGUCCUUGCAAUGUUGUAAGGGUAUGUGGUAAAGGUGGCUAUGAGGUCGCUGACUUAGAAGGUAAGACUCGUAUUGUAAAUCGUAAAGAUUUACAAAGAGCUGAACAAUAUUUUGAUAAAGACGAAUGGCUCUCUCAUGAGGAGGGUAAGGUGUUGGGUGAGCCAACUUUGGUUGCCAAUUUAUGUUUAUGUCAUUGUGACACUUCUGAAACUUCAGUUUCAGAAAAUAAUAUAAAAAGAAAAUUGUUUAAAUAA